UACAUUGGAGGCAAGGUGAUUGUUCAAGAGCUGUGGAUCAUUAUGCUGCAGACGACGUCAGAGUAAAGACGUGUACACUAGCUAUCUCUGGUCUGCACGUGUAAAUAUCACAAUGGCAUUCAUGUUUAGUCAAAGAUCAGAGAGCAAUCUCUCUGUCGCAACAAAUGUGUCACAAAAUUCCAAAACAGGUCCAUACUUGGAGGGAAAUUUAAAACUCAUUGACACUUUGGAUUGUACAAAUGAUGUAAUGUGUUGUAAAUUCAAUGCUGAUGGUUCUGUGUUAGCUGUAGGACAAAUAGAUGGUGUAAUUAAGAUAUUUAAUGCUCAUAAUAGCCAGUUAUUGUACAGUUUACAAGAUGAUGACACAUUAAAACAUCACCUUCCAGUCACACAAAUCAGAUUUCGCAUAUUUUCUAGUUUAGAAAAAGAAGAAUAUUCCCAUAUCUUAGUAGCUUCUUAUGCAUCAGGCCAUGUGAAGAUUUGGCAUUACACAUCAGGGAAAUGUUUACACACAAUAAAUGAAGUAAGAACUACAUUAAAUGUGGCAUUAAAUCCAGAGGGAACAAAGUUCAUAACCACUGGAGAUACAACAGAAAUUAAUAUAUAUGAUGAAGAAACAAAGAAAAAACUGAAUACUUUAGAACCUAGUGAUAAUCGAAAUAAAAUGGAUGGUCAUCAUUUUAGAGUAUUUGCAGCUAUAUAUCAUCCAGAAAUACCUCAUGUCUUCCUAACUGGCGGCUGGGAUAAUACAGUUCAUUACUGGGAUGACAGACAGCCACAUUCUAUCAGAUACCUACAUGGUCCACAUAUCUGCGGUGAUGCCUUAGACAUAGACCCUUAUAACAAUCAUAUACUCACUGGUUCAUGGAGGAAAAAAGAUGUCUUACAGAUCUGGGACUUUUCUUCAGCAGAGAAAAUAAAAGAUGUGCCACCAGAUCCUAUGGGUCAUACACAGUUAUACUGCUGUCAGUGGUUAGGCAGAGACAGUAUUUUAUGUGGUGGAUCUGAUCUUAACUUGGCCAAAGUUGUUGAUAGAGGAACACUCAGUACAAUAGGUCAAGUAACAGAUUUAAGCCAAGGUGUAUAUUGUUGUGACCAUGACAACAACAGUUCUCGUCCACUCAUGGCCAUAGGCAGUUUAAAACAGAUCUUCUUAAUCAAACCUGAAAAGAGGGUUUAGUGCUAUAGUGUAUUGUGCUAAUGUAUUGUUAAAGAUUUAGUUUAUAUUUUUAUGUUUAUUCCAGAAGAAAGUUUCAUUUCUUAUGUUGUUUCAUAUUAUUUAAGCAUAAUGAAGUUUAGUAUCAAUUAGCGGAUUUAGAAGGGGAGGGGAGGCAUAGAGGGCAAACAUCAUUUUUGGUAUGAAAUUGUCCCAAAAAAUAUUCAGCCUAUUACGCCCCACUUUCCUCGAAUAUUAUUCAAACAAUCAAAAUAAAAUAAAUCAAUAUCAUUUAAUUGUGUAUACAUUAUCAUAAUAUGUAUGGAAAAAAGGAGAUGUGGUGUAUAACUCAAUGAGACAGCAACCCAAUGACAAAAAAGGGCAAUUUACAGUCUUCAUAAAAAAGUUUCACAUAUUGUUAGAAAUUGAUUUGUAUGAAACACACAAUAUUAAUAUUCCUAAGACUGAUUCAUCAGAUAUGUAUCCAUUGUUAUUAUCAUGAAAUGUGUUAAAAUUAAUAAAUCUUUGUACAAAUUGUACAAUAAGAUUAUAAGUGCUAUGUUGACGUUUUAAAUUUUACUGCUAGUAUUGUUAUGGAAUGCUUGUUAAAUGAGAUAUGGGACCAACAUUUUUUUCAGCAAGCUUAAUUAGCUUGUAAAUAUGCCAUUUGGAAAAAGACUUAAUUGAGCAAUAGUUUCAAAAUCAAAAUUUUUUGCUGGUGGGAUUUUAUACUGCUAACUAUAACCAGCUUGUUUUGAAAUUUCUAGCAGACAAAAACAAAACUCAAAAGAUCUACAUUAUUCUGCGAUUCCUAUUUUGUAUCUUAGCAUGAAUUUCACUUGUGACGUCGUCAGUAUUGUGCAAAUCUGAAGAAUUUACCCAUUAAUACAUUGAAUUAAGUCUCGAUGAUGUUAUGCAUUCUUAUGCAGAAUAAAAUGAAUAUGUUCAUUUUAUUUUUACAUGAAAAUAAAUUUUUGGAGCCUUUUUUUUGGGAUGAUAAGUGAUAAAAGUAAUUUUUCAGAACUUAUCGAUGCAUGAAUUUGAGCUUUUAUCCAGUUUGCAAGUGAGUUGGCCUUUUUACAUAUCAAUAUAUUUGAUCAAAUAACCUCUAAUGUAUAUUGCUGACCAUUGAUAUUAGGAAAACACAAAAAGAUUAUUUUGUCGGAUAUUAUUAGUUCAUUUUGUUGGAAUCUUUAUGAAAUGAUACUUAAAAUAUAAGAAGAUAGUAUACAAGAAAUAAAAUAAUUUCAUAGAAAUUUACAAAUGAUUUACUGAAAUAAGUAUUUAGCCAGCCAGAAGCUUUAAAGAAUAAGAAACAUGCUUGGAAUUUUAAUUUCUUACUUAUUUUUUUUUUAUUAUUUUUUUAUAUAGAAUAUAGAAUAUGUAUUAUGUAAUUAGAAAUAUUGUGACCUAUCCGUCCAGUUUUCAUCAAUCAUUCCAUUUUUUAUAUAUUUAUUGACAGUUUUAAGUGCUAAUGAUGUCCACAGAACCACCAAACCAUACAUCAUAAGAACAUUAUAUACUUCACUCCUCCUGGUCUUGUGUAGAUUUCGGAACUUGCGGAACUAAAUAAAGCAAACAUACAAACCCUGAAAGUGACAAAUCAGAAUUCAUUUCAACAAUAUUUUGACUUUUUACAUUUGUAAUCAAAGCAAGAAGCAAAUUGUUGAGACCCAACAACACAAAUGGAUGUUGUAUGUGACUUUUAGAUCCUUAGACCUUGACCACUAUAGCUUCUGUUAAUUAAUCAGGCAUAGUUAGCAAGUUAAAAAGAACUUUUCAUUCGUGUGACCACACCAUUCAUUUUUGAACAUUAUUCCAAAAGUCUUAUAUUUAUUUUACUAUGCAAUCCAUUUUGAAAUCAGCUGAUAAAAUGUUUUUUGAUUUCUCUAGAAAUUAUUGUUUUUUAUGUACUAAUAAUUGAUUUUAAUUGGUGCAGAAAUGCAUAAUAAAAUAAAAUUGUUAAUACCUC